AUGCCAUUCCCAGAUACGUUCAUCCCUGUACUGUCAGCACGUACCAAAAUACAGCCAAGUUACUCCACCAAUUUGAUAUCCUACUUCCUUGUUCCAUACAGUGCAGACUGCCCCAUCUGCUUUUCAUUCUACCGUAAUGCUGUCACGCUUUCAUGUGGGCAUAUCUACUGCUAUACGUGUAUAAACAAUGUGGAGAGCGCGAACCAAGACAGCAAUCAUGUGGGCAUGUUAGGUCGCUAUGGAAUUGUUUGUCCGGUGUGUGAUGUCACGUCACACGUGAUCGUACCGGUUAAAUUCCUGUUUUUCGAACCGAUUGAUGAAUAUGUGUUGAUGAAAAGAGUGUAUGGAUGGAUGGGAUGGUCGAGCAAUAUUAGUGAUCGGGUCAGGUUUCCGUUUAAUACCGUAUAUCACGAGGAAAAUUGCGAACUUGGUGAUGAUACAGUGAGCAAGGUGUAUUCGUGCAAAGGUACAGGGAAAUCUGGCGUAACUAGGAGGGAUCAUACGUUGAACGGCAAGAUGCAGCACUUCAAUGUAAGCGAUGAUGCUAACAGCAAUACUGCCAAGGAAAAAAGGAAGAACUUGGGAACAAAUGUUAAAAAUACGGUUGGUACCAAAAAAAAUACAGGAGAGACCCAUAAAAAGGUGCUAAACAAUUGGUGUAAUGAUAUUGGUAGCGAUCGAAUGUAUUUUAAUGUUAUAUCAUUACCAAAAUACAGUAGACGUAAUGUGUUUUACCAGCAGAAUGACGGACAAUUACUUUUUCUGGGUUUGGAAAGUAUGCAAAUAUUGAGAGAUUUGCCAUUGUACAUCUAUUUCAAAAUUCGGAAAAGAUUUACACGAAAGAACAUGGGACGAAUAAGACAUUUAGACUGGGAUAAAGAGAUUAUCAUUGUGGAGUUCUAAUCCUGGUAUAAAAUCGUUAUAAAAGGUUUAGCAGCACCAUAAUACAUGUAAAUUCAUCUUAAACAUUAAAACACCGUGUU